UGAUCCCUGGUAUUCAGAUCGACGACCUUCAAAACACUCGAAAUUCGAAGAACUCCAACGCUGCACCGCCGCCGGCCACCGCGAGAUCGAGAGCCAUGGCCGCCGAUUGCCGCUAUGAGCUCUCCCAAGCCGCGUACAUCAAGCUCGUCCUUCACUCCCUCAAGCACCGGACCUACUCCGUCAAUGGCCUCCUCCUCGGCCGCGUCCGUGAGGAUUCCCCCACUGCCGUCGUCCAGAUCGAUGAUGCCGUCCCCCUUUCCCACUCCCACAUCGGCCUCCUCCCGACCCUCGAGCUCGCCCUUAUUCAGGUGGAGGAACACUUCGGGGCUGUGGGCAUGAGUAUCGUUGGGUAUUACCACGCCAACGAGCGGCACGAUGAUGCGGAGCUCAGCAACGCCGCGAAGAAGAUCGGCGAUCACAUCUUCCGGUACUUCCCACGCGCUGCCGUCCUAUUGUUGGACAAUAAGAAGCUCGCGGGGUUGCCCAAAUCGAAGGCACGAGAUCCUGCUCUUCUGCUGUACACAAGGGAUUCCUCCAAAAGUUGGCGUCAAGCUGGAUCUGAUGGAAACAAUCAGUUAAUCUUGAAAGAGCCCACAGCCAACAUAGUCUUACUGGACUAUAUUACCUCUGAGAAAUGGCAAGCAAUUGUGGAUUUUGAUGAACAUCUUGAUGACAUUAGCAAGGACUGGUUGAAUCCGAAUCUUUUUAAGUAGAUCAUUUGUAUUCAUAGUUAAAUAUUUUUGCAGGUAUGAUUAGGUCAUCAUAAUCUUUAAUUUCUGCAAAUAAAUUUACUUUGGCUUGAAUUUGUUCAACUCACCCGGCUUUUUUAUAUUGUUUGACAAUGGGAUGCCAUGAAUAUCUAUUGUUUGCUUCCAA